GUAGAGGGUAUGCAUUUUUGAGGUUUUCCAACAAGGAGCAUGUUAAGCGAGCUUUGUCAGAAAUGAAAAAUCUUGUGGUAGGUAUUGUUCACUUGUAUUUUAGCAUACUCUGACUAAGUUUCUGUUCUGAAAUUCAUUUGUUCUUAGAUUUGUGGAAAGCGAUGUGGCACAGCUCCAAGGGAGGGCAAUGACACAUUGUUCCUCGACAAUAUAUGCAACACAUGGACAAAAGAAGCUGUGAGUACAUUCUUUAUUAUUAUGUAAGCCUGAUAACCAUUAUUUGUCAUUGAUUUAUGAGAUAAUCUGUUGUGCAGAUAAGGCGAAAGUUGAAGGAAUAUGGUGUAGAGGGCGUUGAAAGCAUCAAUCUUGUUUCUAAUGUUCAACACGAAGGAAGAAGUCGUGGGUUUUCAUUUCUCGAGUUUUCUUGCCGUGCUGAUGCCAUGCUGGCAUACAAAAGGCUCCAGAAGCGUGAUGUUGUUUUUGGUCAUCCUGAGAGAACUGCAAAGGUAGCUUUAGCAGAACCCAUAAGUGAGCCUGACCCUCAAAUAAUGGCGGAGGUGAAGACAGUAUUUCUUGAUGGCCUUCCUUUACACUGGGAUGAAGACCAUGUGAGAGAACGUCUUAAAGGAUACGGGGAAAUCACACGAAUAGCACUGGCAAGGAAUAUGCCCACUGCCAAGAGAAAGGAUUUUGGAUUCGUUGAUUUCUCCACUCAUGAUGCUGCCAUUGCCUGUAUUUAGGGAGUAAAUGAUGCAGAAAGCAGUGGUGGAAACACACAGGUAGUCUUUCGUCUUGUGUUGUAAUCUACUUCUAUUAUUCUUAUAUUGUUUUCACAUGCCUUUGCCUAAUGUUUUUCUUGCUGGAUACAUGCUAGACUACUUGAACAUGCUGGAGUGGUUUCUUUCUUUGUCCUGUUUGCCAAGGAAUGAAUUUGCUAGCAACAAAAGUAAGAGCAAGGCUUUCCAAUCCUGCGCCUAAGACUCAAGCUGUAAAGGGAGGGAUGCGUGGUGGUUUUCUAAUUGGUCACACCACCCGUGUCGAUACUGUAAACUUUCAGAGAUCUGGCCGGGAAGGAAAUCAGUUUAACUUGACAAAUCAGCGAGGUAGGGGAUUCUAUCAACGGGGACGUGGCCAAACUUAUAGAGUGGGUCCUGAGGAUUAUGGAUUUAACAACAGAUACGAUCCAUUUCAUGGAAGGCAAACUGCUGAACGAGGCAGGGGAAGGGGUCCUAUAAGAGGUGGUUAUCAAGCGGCUGGUGGAGGUGUUCCGUUUCCUGGCCCACCCAGACCCAAUGUAAAUAGAACUUGGCAUGAUGUUAGUGAGGGAGGACCAAGUGAUCAGGUUCAUUUUAGGAGACUACCAUUUGCUGAAGAAGCUUUUGAUGGACCUUAUGGAGGAAGGCGCUAUGACGACCCUUACCUGUACCAUGAUGGUAUGCAUGGGACGAAGCGGCCAUUUUACAUGACUGAUCCUGAACCUGAUUAUGCGGAAUCUAGUCGAUACCGCCCUCGAUUUGAUUAUCCUGAUCCAGCUGUCGCGUACCGUGGAACACACUAUCGUGAUAACUAUCCAGUUGGAGGAGAUCCAUACCCACAUGAUUACAAUGGCUCUGAUUUCCGACCAUAUCCUCCUUAUUAUGGCCGUGGACGGGGAUAUGGGGGUGACUAUUACCGUUAGCCCCAUAAUAACCAUAUGGUAACUCCUAUUGUGCGAAGCUUUUGACUUUCAUAAGUCAUGUUUGAAGAUGAUAUCUCCCAGUUCCUGACUACAGUCAUGGGUAGUUUGGCUUGGGAAUGCACAAUGCCAUUUGUUGGUAAUUGGCAAAUGGCUUCAUAUCGACAAGCAAUUAGCUGAAGCCCUGCUUGUUUUUUUUUUUUUACCUCCGAUUACCUUAUUUGACUCCAAGCGUAUAUGUAUUUUCGUCUUUGCUCGUUUAGCUUAGGCAAUAUCUAUGAAGUACAUAGCCUAAGAAGAAUUCUUUAUUUUGGAGAGUAGUAGUUUGGAGUGCUUGGCACUAGGCUUUGGGGAUGAGAGUUGGAUAACAGUUAUUUGAACUCCUCUUAUGUCAGAGAUCUCUUCCUCGUGGGUUUUUUAUUUAUGCUUAUGGAUAUGAUCGAUCCUCUUGAAGCCAAAGUGAAAAGUUGGAAAAUCUAUCUCGUAGAUGCAAAGUUUGAAAUGAAGGCUAUUGUUAUCGUGGAGGUUUAGGGAUUGAGGUUCGGGUAAUGGAAAUUCAAUGUUUCUGGAUAAGAGUUUCAAGAGAAUGGGGGUUAUACUAGUCUUUUCCCCUGUUGAAGAGAUCUUUUCAAGUUGGAUAUCGUUAUCAUCCUGUGCCGUACCUUGUUACGCAGAUGGAUUCAUAUGUAUUAUUUGACUUCUCUGUCUGGACAGUAUCUGGCCAUUGAUGUAUUUGUAUUUCAGUGCCAAGCUGAACUUUUAGGGUGAGCUUUUCAUCAUUGCGUGCAAUGUCCCUACAAGUAGGCUUUGGUUUUUUAUUCUGGAGAAGCAGACGUUGUUCUAGGUGGUUUGUGGUCAGUCAUAGUAUUGGUACAGUUUUAAGAUAUGAGAUUGAUAUUUAACAGCUAUGAUUUCCCUUGGUUCUACAUGAAACACCAUUGUGACCUACGCUGUUGGUUUAUUAGCUAUAGGAUUAGAUAAAUGCAUUCAUUAACUUCAUCUAUGAUCUAGGCGAGGUGAGAUCGGGGUGUAAGCCGAGGUACUUGAUCUAAUUCUAAGCUAGUCAAAUCUCUCUGUAGUUGUUAGGCGAUUUCUUGCGUUUAAUAGACAAGUUUACAGGUAUCAGAGUCUUAGUUACUGUUGGACACUGAGCUUUUGGUGCAAGGAUAAUAAUUAUGGAUCAAAUUAGCAUCAAUUUAAUUGUCUCGCUGUUGAAAGAAGAGCUAGGUUUCUUUGAUCGCAUGCAUGUUUAAAGUCCAUCCUUUUCCCUGUGAGGUGUGAAGAACUGAAGAUCGUCUCAUUUUCAUUUAGUAGUAAACUUGCAGUUACUUCUGUAGAGCAUUGCAUGGUUCAUUCAGUUCCCGUUCGGUAAUAGAACCUUUCCUUGGCUGCAAAGACAAUACUCUGACAUGUUUUGCUUUAGGGAUCUUGUUUUCCUUUGCGCUUUACUUAUCUUGACUCUCUUCUCCUUUCUUCCGGUGUACUACAUUCUUAAUAAUAAGUACAAUCUGAUGUUGUUCGUCGUGCCUACAUUUACAUCUUCAGUAUCAAUCUGAGUUCUGAUAUGUUAAUGUGAUCACCUCUCCUCCUGUGUUUCUUUUUGUGUCGCCGGUUGUUGGGAUUUCACAUCUCUCAUUUGUUUUUAACAGAGUCUAUUAGAAUUACAACUUGUGUAAUGGAGUAGGAUAAUGUCACAGCGAUGUCGGUAAGAUCAUGGUCGGACUAUGGGUAAGACCACUGGUAUAUUUCUGAUGCUAUGACAAGUAUUCCAAGAAAUAAUCCUCGUGCAUAUGAAUCGAGGCCAUCUACUGCUUCACUAUCAUUAGUUCAUUACCAUACUGCUUCCCGGGAAGCCUUUUGUGGUCUGGACAACCAUGCACCAAAUAUUGAUACUCGAGGGAGGAGGCAAUCAAGUCGAGGCGGAACAACCUUCUCGGGAGAAGAUGAGGUAGGAUGUAAUGAAGUAGGAUUUGCCCU